UAUGCAGACUGAUUACCAUGUGGCAGAAGAUUCUAGGAACACCCCAGCCCUCAAAUCCAGCAACUUCUAGUGUCUAAAAAACUUGCUUACGAUGACUAUAUAAAUCAUCAACCUUAUCCACGCUAAAUCACGUAAGCAGUUGAAGAAGUAAAAAUGAAGCCAAUUGAUGACAAGAAGGAAACGGUGACAAUCCGGGCGGUGAAUCACGACGAGGAAGGUCGAAAGAGAGUGGAAAAGAUAGAGCUAAACAGGCACAACAUCGACACCAUCAAGUACUUGGAGAAGAAACUCGCAGACAAGGGUGUGCAACGCCUGGAACGUCACCCCGCCGACGGGAUAGGGAUCGGCAGGCCUCCGCCGAAGUCUGGUCACGGUGGGAAGUACACGUGGGAGGGUCCUGAUGAGCUGGCGGAAAGCGAGUUGAACGCUGCUCCACCUGCUAUUGACGAGAAGGAUCCUAACUAUGUGGACGAAGAGGCUGAGGAGAAGAUCCUGAGAGGAGAAAACAGUGAGGUGGAGGGGCUGGUGGUUGGAGAGGUAGAGGUGGCGAAGGUGGCGGAGGAAAGGGAAGGAGUGGCAAGGGUUGAGAUUGAUCCUCACUUGAUAGUGAACUGAUUGUAAUUUAAUUUGAAGAUUUUUAGUUGAUUAAGCUUGCGUCUGUUGUGUGUUUAAAGUUAGUUGUUUUGUACAGUUCUACAUCAGAAGUCGAUUGUAAGAAAGGGAGAUUAUUUAAGUUAAAGCUUUCUUAACGAGAUUAGCAUCAA